AUGCGCUUGGAACAGUGGACGAGCGUUGGAAGGCCGGGACUUACGAAAGAUGUGAUUUCGUCAAUAAUCACCAGCACUCAUGAGGAAGCAAAGACAGGAUACGACGCCGACGCAGAAAAGAUUCCAUCACUCAACGCCGAACUGAACGACGCACGAUCGAGAUAUGAAACAGCUAUGCGCGAACGUGACACGGCUGCCGAAGACGCACUUCUUGUCAGAUUGUGCGAAAUUCGUUCUCAGAUAUGCCUAGCCAAAGGGCGCGGAAGAGCGAUUCAAGAAGAAUGUGAUAGACUUCGAAAAGAGAACCAAAAACUUAUAGAUGACAUUAGCGCGCAAAGACAGAUUUUCGACAGAGAAACGCAGGAGCGCUAUACAUACGAGAGCCGCGCCAAGCCGCUUCUGCAAGAGUGUGAAGAGCUGCUGAGGAAAUGCAAAAUGGUACCAGUGCCAAAAUACUCAUUCGACGAUAUCGAGAGAGACAGAAAGCAAUGGCGCGCCGAAGUAGAAGCAUCAAUGGUUGACAUUCGUAGACAAUAUGAUAUUUUGGCAAGCACGCUCACAUCAGAAAUGGAACAAUGGUACAAAGAAAAAGUCAUGGAGAUUGGCGUCAAGCAAAGAGAAGAAACAUCUUCAUUCAAGAAGAGACUUGCCGAUUUGCGAGCCGAAUUGGCUGACGUUCGUUCAAGGCUGAACCACCUUGAAGAGCGCAAUCGUCUUCUCACCAGCCUCAUUGCCGAUUUCGAAGACGCCAGAGCACAAGAGCAGAAAAUUGCCGAUGCUUGCGUUAAGGAAGACGAGGAUCAUCUUAAAAAGCUCAUCGAUCGUUACGAAGAGCUUCUUGCGGCUGGCCCAAGCGAGGAAAGAUACUCUGUCGUGACUCUGCGCGCUGAGAUCAGGAGAUACCGAGAACUCCUUGAUAGUGUGGGGGAGGGUGGAGGCAGCCUCCUUGGUGGUGGAGGUAGAGGCGGCUCCGGUGGUGGUGGAAAUGGAGGCGGCUUCGGUGCUAGUGGAAGUGGAGGCGGCUUCGGUGCUGGUGGAAGUGGAGAAGUCAUCGGUGGUAAAGCUUCGCGCCAACUCGAGGGCGGCCCAACUACAUACUUCAGAUCCACAACCACGACGAAAACAUCCCAGAUUGGAAGCGGAGCUUCAGAUUUCGGCGGUGGAGUCACCUCGACGUACGUUCCAGGCGGAGGUAUUACGCUCAGCUCAGAAGGUGGUGCAGUGACGAGUGGUCACUCACAGAUUGGAAGCGGUGCUAGCGUUGCGGUACCGCUACCUGCUCCGCAAGGAACGAUACACUACUCCUGGUCGGAACGCAAUCCUACAACUGUCACCACUACGGUCGACUACACAAUGAGGGAUGAACGAAGUUCGGUUGCGAGGUCUGGACCGGAUCAUCAUGAGUACAACAUGCAACGUUCUGCUAAAGGAAACGUCACGAUCGGGAAAGUAGCAAAUGACGGAUCGUACGUCACUAUCGAGAACACCUCCAUGGACAUUGACCAGGACAUUGGUGGGUGGACCCUUCGCAGCACCAGUUCCACGCUGAAACAAGUAUCCUACACUUUCCCACCUGAAUUCUCCAUAACUCCCCAAAGCGCCGUAAAGGUGUUUGCACGAGGGAAGGGACCCCACAAUCCACCUCACUCGGUCGUUUGCGAAAUGGACACCACAUUCGCAACAGGCGACGAUCUUGACAUUUAUCUUUACGAUAAGAACAACGCUGUAAGUAAACAACCAGCACAUUCUUGUGCAAACUUGGCUCCAAAUGAAAUACUGGAUUCAAGGAACGUGCUCGUCUCACUCAACGCGACUUCUUCCACAGGAGCGGAUCGGAAUAUACUAUCUAUUGAAGUCAACAAUGACGGGGACUCUAUAACUGCCUUCAUCCAAACUCUGCCUAUUUGCAUUUCCGUUUUGUCAUUAACAAUGUGUGAAGACUGUGUCUAG